AUGGCGAAAUCGGAUCGCCUAGAAACUGGGCUUCGAGUUGCAGCGGAGAAGUCGCAACUCAAUUCUACGGAGAUUCGGCGGCGGGAAGACCUGCUUCUCGCUCUCCGCUUCAAGGCGAAGGAGAUGGCAGCCGUGCUCACCUCCGCGCAAUCAGCGGCUAACAGGUCAGCCCUGCUGGGCCGUGACGGGCGGUCGCUGGUGGCGGUGGAGACGGAGAGAACAGCCUCGCGAGACAACAAGGGGCUCGUGGCUCUGCAGCAGGAGAUCAUGCAAGAGCAAGACUCGGAGCUGGAGGAGCUGGAGUCGACGGUGGCAACCACCAAGCACAUUGCGCUCACCAUUAACGGCGAGCUGGACCUGCAUCGACAUCUGCUGCUGUCACGGCAACCUAGCUACGGCGCAAGCAGGCUGCAUCUUCAUCCGGGCGCCGCCGCCGCCGUCGCCGCAGUUGACGGAACUGCCGCGGCUGCCGGAAAUGGCGCCGCGAAUGGCGCCGCAGAUGGCGGAGGAGGCGGCGACAGCGACGAGGAGAACGGGGUCGAGCGGCCGCAGAUCGUGGCGAGCGUGGAGCGGGUAGAAGCGACCGAGGCGGCGCUCCUCGCGGCGCGAAUCGCGGCGGAAGACGCGGCGGGAGACGCGGAAGGAAAAUCGCAACCACUUCCGGCGAAGACCGCGGCGGAACCGCCAGCCGCGGGCAAGAUAUACGCGUGUAAGACGGUGGAUAAGAUUCUCAACGUGGAAGGCGGCGCGGCGACUCAGAAGCGGUUGUCUGCUCGCGAUAUAGAGGUGCGCGUUAGCGCGCUUAAGCACGAAAUUAAGGUUCUCAAACACGUGGGUUAUCAUCCGAACAUUGUGAAAGUUGUCGGAGUUUACAAUAACGAGAAACGGCUGCGACUCGUUAUGGAGCUGUGCGACGCGGGGGACCUGCUGGGGCUUCUAACGAAUCCUCCCAAGAAGCCGCAGGCGGAAGCUAAUAACGGGAAUAACGGUGCAGGAGGAGGUGCGAAUAAAGAAGGUGAUUCUAGCGAACGCGCAGCAGGCAACGAGACCAAGCCUGAAGAGACCCGAGGGAAACCUUUCACCAAAAUCUCGCAGUUUUUCAAAGGGCUGGCCAAGGGGACAGCAGACCUAAAACUAGCAGAAGCUGGGGCUACUAAUAACGGGGACGGCAGCAGCAGCAGUGCCCAGCCCGAAAAAAUGCUGCAAACGGGCCUGUCGGAAAGGCAGACUGCUCUGAUGUUCCGCCAGCUGGUAAAGGCUGUUGAGCACUGCCACUCGCGGCAGGUGAUUCACCGUGAUAUCAAGCUGGAAAACGUGUUGCUGAACAACUGCUGUUGCUGCAAAUGCAAGCCUGGGUCAGACGCAGGGGGGCAGGCGAAUGGGAACCAGCAGCAGCAGCAGCAAGGCGAGCCGUCUACCUGCUCGGGUUACGUCGUUAAACUCGCGGAUUUCGGGCUGGCGAAGCUGCUGCAGCCAACGCAAGCCAUGGCGAACGGCAACAAGGGCAGCCAGCUGUACAAAGCACCUGAGGUGGCGCAGGGCCGGUGGUAUACCACCCAGGCUGACAUGUGGUCUUUAGGAGUCGUUCUGUACGCUUUGCUAAGUGCCAGGUUUCCGCCGAGGGAUGCGCAGGGGAUGGUGGCAUGGGAAGCGGUUUCGGACCAGAGGUUGUUGUUUAAAGGGGGGAGCUGGAAGGAGGUGAGUGCGGAGGCGAAGGCGCUUGUGGGUGUUCUGCUGUCGUGGGAUCCGAAGGGGCGGUUGGAUUGUGGAGAGGUGUUUAAUCACCCGUGGCUGGUGCAGCACUGCAGAUGA